UCUGCUAGCUUCCGGCAGCUUUUCCCGGAAGCGGCGAAGAGCAGCCUGGCCUUGUUAAGCUGAGAAAUGGAGGAGAUCGGGAUCCUGGUGGAGAAAACGCAGGUAAGGGAGGCCGGGACGCCCGUCGUGGGGAAGGAAUGGCGGCGCCGGGCCGGAUCUUCCUCCUUCGCUGUCCUCCCCCCACCGCCUCUGCUGCUUUGGGGCCGAGGCAGCGGUGCUGAAGCCCUAGAAGGCCGGCGGGGGACCGGCGAGGUGCCGAGUCACUGCGGGGCUGGUGGGGCCCUGGAGGAGCAGAAGGAGGACCGUGGCCUUUUAGCUCUUUGCCCCACUGGACCCCACUUCCCCCGGCCCCAUAGAAAGCCCUGCAAGCUGCAACCCUGAGAUAGGAGUCGGCCCCAUUGGGCACAGGGGGGCAGGGAGGUGCCUUGAGCCCACCUGGCUCAGUGCUGCUUGCACUGACAGGCAGCGGCCAGGCUCUGCGGGGUUUCAGGCAGGGAUCCUCUCCCAGCCCUGCCUGGGGAUCCAAAGUGGGAUUUUCUUCUGCGCUCAAAGCAGAUGCUCCUCCCAAGGCUGUCAGCUAGUAGUAGGCCAGCUAGGUAGGUAGGUAGCCUCACGGGGCACAGACCUCAGAGGCGGGUGGGCAGUACCGGCCUUGGAGAGGCACAUUUAAAAAUAAAAUAAAAUAACGGGUUACCUUUUUUUGUUACAUCUUACGAAUUCCCGGUACGUGUUUCACUUGUGCGUUCUGAACCCGGUUUCUCGAACUUAGAAAAGCUUACAUACGCUCAAGGGAUGCUGCGGAAAGAGGCUUCCAGUUGGCUUGGCAGCACUUGACCCGAAGGAGCCUGUGACAAAAUUAGAAAAAGGGGGAAGGCACACAGAGUGAUAUUUUGAUGUUCCUGAAAUGCAAGCUUUUUAAAAGAGACUUGAAUUUUAACAUCUCAGUUCGCAAGGUUGUGAAAAAUGAUUUGUGUGCUAAAACAUUUUCUUUUGUAUUUGAGAAAGGCAAUCAAAGAUUGUUGUAUUACUUAUUCUUGCAGUUUAAAAUACAUUUAUCGGAACUAAGUUUUUGUGCUUUCCAAUUUUGCUACUAAACAUGUUUCUGAACGUUGAAGUUAGCAUUUAUUUAUUUAUUGUGUGGGUACAAGUAGUGAGCCUUGCCAAGUGAGCAAAAUAGUCUGGCAGCAACACUGGCUUUACCACUGAGCUGUGGCCUUUCCCCUGUGGGACUUCUCUCUGGGUAGACACGGAUUUAGGUUUCCUCUGUCAGGCUCCUGCUUUCCUUCUCCUGCUACAUCCCGUUGCUAAUUAACCUUGCUCUCGUUUAAAGUGUUGCCAGAUCUUGCUUGCGGGUUUUUUCAGACAAUGAAUGAUUAUUGUGGUUCGGCAGAUGCUGGUGUUUCAGAUGCUGCCUUAAACGUAACAAACAAACAAUUCAAAGUGUUGCUUUUGAUCUAUAAAGCCUUAAACGGCUCAUGACUGCAAUACUUCAAGGACCGCCUCUCCCUAUAUGAACAAGCCCGGACCCUGUGAUCAUCCUUCUUCACAUGCCCCCUCCCUGGUGGAUCCGGAGGGUAGCAUCUCAAGAAUGGGGCCUUUUCAACAGUGGCUCCUCAUUUGCGAAAUGUUCUCCCUUUGGAGGCUUGCCUGGCAGCAUGGUUACAUAUCUUCAGGUGCCAGGCAAAAAUAGGUAAUGAUUGUCCCCUCUUCUGCUGGGGUACAAAAUUAUCACAUUUCUUACUGGGCAGGUGUGAAGAGAGAGAGAGAGAGAUGCAACAAUCCCUUCAAACGCAAACUAAGGUGGUGUGAAUACUAAUUAGUUUAGAAGUGAUACAGACCCUGGCCCAUAAAAUCUGGACGCUUAGAAGUAUAAAUUGGUAGGGGGGGGAAAUCUGUUUUUUUUUUAAAUCAACCUUCCCCACUGAAGAAACCAGGGAGCCUUCAGAAUGUGCAGAACGCUGAAGCUGACAGUUGCAGGUGGAAGAAAAGGAAACUGAGAUGGGGAACGAAGAGGGAAUUUGCCUGCUUAGACCCCCAACAACUAAUCAUAAGCAUCUUGGAGGAGUGGAUAAGGGGGACAUCAAAUCUGAGUACUCUAGUGCAAGAAGAUAAUAACCUUAGGAAAGGGAGAGAAAACCCCACCUCUUUCCAUCCUCCUACCCACCCCCUUGCAACUUUCUGCCUGCCUGGACAGAACUGUUGGGCUUCUGUUUCAGGCUGGCUGAAGUUUUGAACAAGAGAGCUUCUGUUAGAGGAGGGGGUACGCAACAGCAUUGUGUUGCAGUCUGAUUUGUGGAACAACAAUAAUUAACAUCAGCGUGUUGAUUUGGACUGUCAAAGUGCUUGUUGGUUUAUUGUCAGGGAUAGGCAGGUGUCCAAAGGAUGGGCAGAGAAGGAUGAGCAAUUUGUGGGGCUCUAGACCUCCCAUGAAGUAGGGGGAAGGGGAAGAGGCCUGGCAGUCAGAGUCAGGAAAAGAGGAGGAGGAGGAAGAAGAGUUUCAGGAAGGCGCAGAGGAGGAAGAGGCAGUCCCAGAGAGAGAUGGGAGCUCUUAGAAUCUCCUCUAUCCCCUCCCCAGCUGUCUCCAAGGACAACAAGGGGCUUAAAGUGACAGGAGCAGCUGGAGAUGCUACGCAGGAGAAGUUGUUUGCUUGUGCACACCACAAGGGUGUUUAAAUGUGCUGAGGUUAGCAUGGUCACACAGUUGCUCCAGCUGUCUGGGUUGGAGCACAGGUCUGAGGAAGGCAAUGCCUAGCUAGCUGUUUAGCAGGAGUGAUGCCUGGGAUUCUCACCUCUUAGGAGCUGAUAUAAUCGUGUUCUUUGCCAAUAAAGAGCUAAACUUCCAGUUGCGUGUCCUCACUGCUGGGUUCGGGACAUUUAUUAUGACUCGAACAGGGGAAGUUUUUAGCACAGGUAUGUCUUUGGAAUUUGUCCUAAAGUGUUUAAAAUUGGAGGGUCUCUCUCUGUCCGCCGAGUCACAGUUUAAGGCAGAAAAUAUUAUGCACGCAGAACUUGCGACAUAGAUACAGGUAGCAGAACUUAGUCUCUGAUGAAACCUGCGUAGGAGGAGGCCGCAGCAAAACUUCAUCCUUUUCCUUGACUGUGCCUUUGGCUUGCUCCCCUGUCAUUCGAUCAGCUCAAUGGAUUCUGUUGCUCUAACGGCUGGUUGAAGGGCUUCCCACUUUGUAACAUCUCUUCCAGCAUCGCUUUUUUGAAGGGGAGGUAUUCAUCUGCUAAGUGUAGCACAGAAAUGAGAAACCUGUGACUCUCCAGACCUUGCUGGACUCCCAGCUUCCACCAGCCUGAGCUUGCAUGGCUACGAAUGACAGUCAUUUUACUGCAGCAACAUCUAGGGAGCCUCAGGUCCCCCAACUUAGCCAGGCGACAUGUGCAGUGCAGGAGGUGAAAGUUUCCCAGAUAACUCUACGUUCUCAUUUCUUUGUGUUCCCUGAUUCCAGGAUGAGCUUCCAGCUCUCUCCAUCUCGAGGCCUCAGACUGGCCUCUCCUUCCUAGUUCCUGAGGCUGAGGAUGUGGAGGACCUGUACAGCCGUUAUAAGGUGAGCUAUCUUGUGAUCUUGUUCAGCUGUGAGGUUGUAGCACUCUGUUUGUGGUGCUGGAGGGGGCUGUUGUGUGGUCCUUCGCUCAAGAACAGGGGUGGGAAACAGGAACACGUUGGGAGUCUGGAUCCUAAGCUCUCAGGAUAGUUCAGUUGGUAAAGCAUGAUUCUCUUAAUCUCAGAGUUGUGGGUUCGAGUCUCAUGCUGAGCAAAAGAUUCCUGCAUUGCAGGGGGUUGGACUAGAUGACCCUCAUGGACCCUCCCAACUCUACGAUUCUAUGAUUCCUUGGGAGCCACUUUGCUGGGUUUACAAGGCCACUCUCCUGUCAAACACCUGACAUCAGCAUGUAACUCAGCUUCAAAGGAGAGAAUCAGGACUGUGGGCUAAGUACCUUUGCUAUUCUUUUGCAAACGCUGCCCAUCAGUUUGGCUGCACUUGGGAAUUCCUCGGUGCAGCUGAUCCCAGAGGCAUCUCAGUUGAUCAGUGGUGCCUUCAAAUCCUGCUUUCAGCAGGGAUUAACUCCACUUCCAUCCAGGAACUCCCAAGCAGGACCAGUCUUUGGGGCUUGCACUUGGUGCCAAAUUCAAAAGGUGCUGAAUUCCAGCAGUGCUUGCCAUGAAAAGAAAUCAGGAGCACACCUUAAGCCUCCAGAUUGUUUCUUUGCAAACACUUCACCACCUGCUGCAUGCGUGACAUCACAUAUGAUGAGAGACCCGCAGGUCAAAUAUUCCCCAUCAUUAUUUGACGAGAUAGCAGCAGAGCCACAGAGGUCGCCAUUAUAGAGGCAAAGUGGUGGAGCAGUAAAAGAGUUAGGGGCACCAUUGCUGCAGUGCCGUUUUUGACAGAAAGGUGCAAAGAUGUGUUAGAAAUUGUUUCUGGCCUGCUCUGUCCGAAUUAUUUUUUUGUGGAAUGUUAAUACCUUGUAGAAAUUAAUUUAUUCAAUUUACUUCCACAAGGCGAGGUUGAAUUACUUGUUGUGGAUCAUUAUGAAUGGGGUCAAAAACAAAACUGCCAUUAUUGCAGUGUCUUUAAGCCAAUGUGACGGCACUGGGAAUUCUGUGUACAAUUUGAGUUACUGCACCUUAUAUAACAAAUGUCUUUGUAUUAUUGGUCUCAGGUGUAUGUUGUUGACUGGAGUGUGAGUUAACUGCUUAGAAUUACUGUUUUUUCUUAAGGACUGGGAAGUUGAACAGAAGAGGUAUUAAGAAGAAGCAGUAAGGGCAUAGAGGCAGAUGUUCAGGUCUGUGGGGAAGGAUUAUAAUUAUUCUACCUUUCUGAAGGUUUUCUCUGUGACUUUCUUUAAAAAAAAUCGAUAUAAUUUAGAUUCUGCAGUAUGUAGAAGAUCUCACACUCUUAAGAUCAGAAAUUCCCAACCUCCCUGGCUACACAGCUUGUCUGCUAUAGUUGUAGUGUUUAGGAGGCAGUAGUGUGGAUGCAGAAGUCUGUGCUCGCUGCAGACGGAGAAGGGCUGUAGUUCAGUGGCAGAGGAUCCGCUUUACGUGCAGAAGGUCCCAGGUUCAAUACCCAGCAUCUCCUGGUAGCUGCUGCUAGUCAGGGUUGGCUAGAUGGAGCAGUGCUCUGACCGUGUAAGGCGCCUUCCUAGGUGUUCCUACGAUAUCAUGAGUGGUAAUUCAGCUGGUGCAGGAGGAGGUUUGAGGAGGAUUUCGGUGUGCCCUCCUGCAGAAAUUACAGCAAGAGCUGGAGUUCCUGGAAGUUCAAGAGGAGUACAUCAAAGAUGAGCAGAAGAACCUAAAGAAGGAGUUUCUGCAUGCCCAGGAGGAGGUGAAACGAAUCCAGAGCAUUCCGCUGGUCAUUGGCCAGUUCCUGGAGGCCGUGGAUCAGAACACAGCCAUUGUUGGUUCCACCACAGGUACAGUCCCUUCUUUCCUCCAGCCCAUCUACCUGCAAUGGGCCAGCUCCAGGUCUGAGGAGGCAGUGGACAGUCCGCUCUGGCAGGGGGCCCUGCUCUGUUUGUGUGCCCCAGGUGGUGGUGGCUAAUAGCAAUCAGCAGCAUUCUGAGCUGCAUUGAACUGCCGAGGACUGUCAUUCAAAUUUCCCACAAUGCCCUGAGUGACACGCCAGGGGAAUUGUGGGAAACUUAAAUGACAGCUAGACUCAGAGACCUGGCACUGCUCAGUGUGUGUGUGAUUUGGGGAGGGUGGGAGAAGUAAAGGGAGGCAAGCAUCAUUGUUUGGCACUGCCAGGGUGCUGGGGCACUGGCAGCUGCCCAGGGAUGCCAAGUGUGGGUGCCAGCCCUUCCCUCCCCUUACAUUGCAGCUUGAGAAAAAGAGCUGGCUUUUCUCCCUGGCGGCCUCUGUUUCCAGUCUUUUAUCUCAUACGUGUGUCUCCACUUCAGGCUCCAACUAUUACGUCCGGAUCCUGAGCACCAUUGACCGGGAGCUGCUGAAACCCAAUGCCUCUGUGGCCCUGCAUAAACACAGCAAUGCCUUGGUGGACGUAUUGCCCCCUGAGGCCGACAGCAGUAUCAUGAUGCUCACUUCAGGUAAGGCAAAUCUUCCUUGGAUCAGAGAGGUGAGCCCUGUUAAUGGACUGCCUAUGGGCAGGGGUUCCAGGAUGCCUUCAGUAAGAAGACGGCACUUGCUGUCUUCAGAGUCCUUGGUGUGGGGAACCUCAGACCCGCAAGUCCCAAUUUGGCUUGCAAGUACUUUCCUUGCAAACCCCACCUGCCUGCUGCACACCUGACAGGCAGGUACUUGUAUGGCUGCGAAGGAACACUUGGGAGCUUAAAGUGAGCUCCUGGUUGCGUUUUCGCUGGAGCAAGCUGUGCUCGCACUGCCCAUCAGAUCCAGGAGCAUGAAGCGGUUUACGUUGGAACUGCGGCUCCAACGGAGCUCCAACAUGUGCUGGCUGGGGCUGAUGGGAGUUGUAGUCCAGAAUAGCAGGCAGGGGUGGGGGAGAGGCUGCCCAAGGCUAUGAAGACAAAGGCCCAGUGGAAUCAAGGUAGCACUUGAAAGAAUGUAGCAGGGUAGAAAGAGAUCCAAGGGCAGGAAAACACCUGAGGUCCUGUCCCUUCUCUGAGCAGAUCAGAAACCAGACGUGAUGUAUGCCGACAUUGGUGGGAUGGAUAUUCAGAAGCAGGAAGUGAGGGAGGCAGUAGAGCUGCCCCUUACCCACUUUGAACUCUACAAACAGGUACGUGAUCUAAAUUUCUAUUUUGGAGGUAUGUGCAGUGUGUGCACAGAUAGGCUGUCAUUCAUGUAUCUAUAUUUAUCUGCAUUUUUCCUUUAGAAAGCUCGCAGUCGCUUGCUUCAACAACAGUGAUCCUAGAAAGCUGCCAUAUACUGAGUCAGACCACUGACCCAUCAAGCUCACUAUUUUCCACUGACUCUCAAGGGUUUCAGCUCAGGGACCUUUGUAGUGUUUUCUGGCGAUGCCAGGAAUUGAACUUGCAGCCUUCUGCAUGCAGAGCAAAAGCUCUGCUGCUGAGCUACAGCCCUUACCGUUAAUGACUCCAAUUAAUAUUUGUUUGCUUGGGACAGGAAGUGGGUGGGGUGGAAUUGCAGAGAGAACUGCAUCCUCCGCACUGCAUUGCCUGUGUUCAUUUUACAAAGAAGAAAGGACACAUGUUUUCUCCUACCCUAAGCUGGGUUGGUUGUCAUCUGUAUGAUUGAAAAACACAGCAAAGGGAAACCUCCCUUGUUGCAUGCCCUGGUAGCUAUCAGUCCUGCGUCCCCACCUUCUGCCUUUUAAUCUUUGGGCUGCUUUGUAUAGAGAACAUCUGUGCCUUCUUGCCAGUGGAGAGAGAUCCACAAGCAGAGCCCGGAUUGAUUCCUGGCUAUUAUUUCUGGAUAUUUUACAUGGGUGCUCACCAAGAUUUACUCGUUCAUGCCCUUCUCAGUGCUUGGACCAGCCCUUAGCCCAGUCGGUGCCCAAUGCAACAAUAUCAUUGAAGCAAAAUCUGGAUGUGGUUGGUGCAUGGAUGGGAGGCUUCUGGGUGUAGCAGCUGGACCAUCUAAGGCAGGGAUGGGGAACCUGUGGCCCUCCAGAUGUUGUGGAACUUGACUCAGAGCAGCAGACUCAAGCAACAACUUGGAGGAGGGGUUUUAUUCUGUUGAGAGAUGUGACAAGGGUCCUUGAGAUGGCCUAUUUUGUUGUUCUUUUCUCACCUUUCAACCCUUUUUUCAGAUCGGCAUUGACCCUCCACGGGGGGUGCUGAUGUACGGCCCGCCCGGUUGCGGGAAAACCAUGUUGGCCAAAGCAGUGGCUCAUCACACCACAGGUGAGCAAGGCACCAGUUCUCUUGCCUUGGACACGUCACUACCCUGUUUGGUGUAGGUUUGCUGGCAUCCCUUGGUCUUCCCAAGGCGGUGGCCCCGUUAAGAUGGGUUUCCCUGGGAGACCGAGGGAGGCCAAAGGAGCUGGGUCUAACUCUGCCUUUCCCUCCAGCUGCCUUCAUUCGGGUAGUAGGAUCUGAGUUUGUGCAGAAGUACCUGGGCGAGGGGCCGCGCAUGGUGCGGGACGUCUUCCGCCUGGCCAAAGAGAACGCCCCAGCCAUCAUUUUCAUUGACGAGAUUGACGCCAUUGCCACCAAGCGCUUUGAUGCCCAGACCGGGGGUGAGUUGGUGACGGGAAGAGGGAGAGGGGGCGCUCCUGGGCAACUGUGGCCACCUGAAUAGAGGGAAGGACUAGGGAAGAGCAGCUUACAUAUGAUCGGUAAAAGCAGGACAGUCUUAACAGACACAGAUUACAGUCUUAACAGACACAGCAUAAAAGGAAAUGGGAUGGGGGAGGGAAGAGGAAAGCAAAUGAACUCUGAGCAUUUAUUAAAGUUAUAAUGACCAGCAGGAAUAGAAACUUUUCAGGGACAGAAGGAGCAAGGGGGCUGGGCUGUCAUCAGAGCCAGUGCAGUCCUGCUUCCCAGUCUCUUCCUCUGCUGUAGCCUCAAAUAUAUUUGGAAAAUACCACCUGGAGGAAGUUGCUUUAACCUUUCACCUGCUGCUCCAACCCCCUUGACUAGAUCCACACACCCCCAACUGAUAAAAACAGCCAGCAAGCGAUUGGGGAAAUGGUGAAGUUCCCUCUUCCGUAUUAGGCAGCAAAUAUAAGUUUGGGAAUCCUGCGUUUGCUGUGUAACCCCUAGUUUCUGCCUGAGUCCUGGCGGCUGGGUAGGGCUGCUGCAAUUCCUGCUGCCUCCUCUAGGUGUUGCUCCGACCUUGCAGUGUCACAAUGUGCUAGAACCCUGGGCUUUGGUGGUUCUUUGUCAGUUGAACAUAGUGACCUCUGCAUAUGGUUGGCCUAUGAGAGCCAAACAACAAACUUGGCCCAGGUGAGGCUAAUGCUUCUGCUAGGGGGGAAUAUAUUUUUUUUCCAAAUUCUUCAACUUGCAUGAAUCGGGCAUAUUUUGCGCGGGUGAUAACUUUAUUUUGUGCAGUCGGGGUUGCAAAUCUGGAUUUGUUGAGCAAGAAAUAGGAUGGCAGCUGGGUGUGGAAGAAGCAGGGAGGGUUAGAAGGGCUGUAAGCUCAGCAGUAGGGCAUUCACCUUGCAUGCAGAAAGCUUCCUGGUUCAAUCCCCAGCAAUGGAAAUGGGCAGAGACCACUAGAAGUCCUUGCUUUUCUGUCCUUGUAUACCAGGGAUGAGGAAACAAAUGGCACCCAACUGCACACGAGAAGGAAGGAGGGUAGCAGCAGGCUUGGAGAAACUGCACAUUUUACAGUAAUGGGAAGCAUACUCAAGGCUGAGGGUAUCCCAAAACAGCCCAGUAAAUCCUGAGCAUGCUCAGCAGCCUGGCGGGCAGGUGAGAAUGGAAAACUGUAGUGGCAGACUGGAAUGGUGUAGCCUGUAAAAGGACAUGGCUGUCUGAUUAGAAUGCCAGACAGGCAGACUCUAUACCGUAGCAUCUUGUUUGUGGGUCUCGUAUCCUCCAAACCCCUCAAUGGGCACUGCUGAGACUUCUGCAGACUUUUCUCUGCAGUAAUGAGGACUUGAAACUUGGACAGCUGUAGAAAUCCUGAGGUUCUCUGAAUGACGGCUUAACAGGCCAGUGUGAUGCAUUCCAGGCUUGCACUAUAUCCCUGAAGAUGGGUUGGUAGCGCAAAGAAGCUAUGGCAGUGAAAGAAGCGGGCAGCUCUCUCUUCCAGAGCGCAUCAGCUGAUAAAUUUGUUGGUCUCUCUACAGCUGAUAGGGAGGUUCAGCGCAUCCUCCUGGAGCUACUCAACCAGAUGGAUGGCUUUGACCAGAAUGUUAACGUCAAGGUGCGUUGCGUUGGGCAGCGGGGGGUGGGGUUGGGGGCAAGAGGAAGGGUUGAGUGGCCUGGAAAGGCAAUUCCCCUCUUUAGCCUAAGCUCUGGAUUUAAAGCAGAGAUGGGGAAAGCUGUGGCUCUCUAAAUGUUGUUGAACUACAACUCCCAUCAUCCCUUUUGGCCCGGGCCCCUUGGGAGUUGGAGUCCAGCAACAUCUGGAAGGCCACCAGUUUCCAUCCCUGCCUAAAGGGUUCCAACAAAUGUUGGCUUUUCUCCACUUAACUUACCAAACUCAAAUUUACAGCCUGCCAUUAAUUUUUUGCAUCUAGAUGUUGGGUUUAAUGUUGUUCUCUCUUGGCUCCCUUCUAGGUGAUAAUGGCCACGAACCGAGCAGACACCCUGGAUCCUGCUCUGCUCCGGCCAGGCCGCCUAGAUCGUAAAAUUGAGUUUCCCUUGCCAGACCGGCGCCAAAAACGGUUGAUCUUCACCACCAUCACCAGCAAGAUGAACCUGUCUGAGGAGGUGGAUCUGGAGGAUUGUAUCCUUCUGGACAGUGUAGUGGGAAGAAAUGGAUGGAGGGCAGGGGGACUAGAAGAAUGGCCAAUGAGCUGAGCUUAAGAGAUGUUUUGUUUGUGUGUCGUCCCCUCCUUUGACCUGCUAACAGAAUAAAGUUUCCUGAACUUACUUCUUGUCUUUUAAAGUUGGAUGGUAAAAUACCCCUCUUACCCACCAAUCCUUCUGGCAGAGAAUAUGGGGGAGCAAGCUGAUGCUAUAAAGCCAGGGCAGGAAAUCUGCGGCUGUCCAGAGGUUGCUGAGCUAUAACUCCCAUCAUCCCAGGCCAUUGGCCACAAUGUCUGGGGAUGAUGGGAAUUGGGAGUUCAACAACAUCUGGGGGGCCACCAGUUCUUUAUUUUGAUGCUGUUAAAUAAAGGGUAAUGAAGAGCAAGAGGCCAGUUGGACUUCUUGUAACCGUAGCAUCCUCGAGUACAGGGGUAGGCAGCUAGGGUGUACCUGUCGCCUGACUAUUUUGCCAGCUCCCGCUGCCAACCUCCUACUUCCAUGGAAAGGGUUGCAUCGCACCUGGCAGGUGCUCCCCUUGGCAAAAAAAUUGCAAAAUUAGCAGCUGCUGAUCAUCCCUCUGACACUUUUCUCAUUUCAAUGGGAAAGGCGGCAGCUCCCAAUGGGGGAUUUUGCAGUUAUAUAGGCCAGUCUUCUCCCCUUUUCUAGAACGGCCACACAGGGCCCAUUUGCUCCUGCUCUUUCCUUCACUCUUUCUUCCAGACGUGGCACGGCCGGAUAAGAUCUCAGGAGCUGACAUCAACUCCAUUUGCCAGGAGGUUAGUAUCGCGCGUUAGACAGCAGUUAGUACUCCCCCUUUUUUAAGUUUUUACUUCCUGCUGAUGUUACCUGUUCAUGUUUUCUCCCCUCCUUCCUGUCUCAAGGCUGGCAUGCUGGCUGUCCGGGAGAACCGUUACAUUGUGCUGGCCAAGGACUUUGAGAAGGCCUACAAGACUGUCAUCAAGAAAGACGAACAGGAGCACGAGUUCUACAAAUAAAAAGAUGGGAGAAGCAGGAUGGAGAUGGAGGUGGUGGUCUCAGUCUGUGGGGGGCGGGGGCAUUUUUGGUAUCUCUGGUCUUGGUGUGUGAGAUUUAUCCUGUGAAUAAAUAAUUACCCAGGAC